AUGCUACGGGACGUGAACGGUGCGGCGCGGUCGCCGUUCUGGACCAAUCUCCCUUACGCAGACAUACAUCUAUCCAUAACACCAGAUGUUCUCCACCAGCUUUACCAGGGGGUGUUCAAACACGUCGUCACUUGGUGUCAAGAGCUUCUCACCGCAGAGGAACUAGACAGCCGCCUCCGAUGCCUGCCCCCUGCGUACGGCAUCCGUCAUUUCCGUAACGGCAUCUCCUCUCUUUCUCAGAUAUCUGGGAAAGAGAGGAAAGAAAUGGCUCGAGUCCUCCUCGCAUGUCUCGUUGGCAAGGUCUCAAAGUCAACAAUGCUCACCUUCAGGUCUCUGUUGGAUUUCAUCUACUUAGCGCAGUACCCCACGCAUGACGACACUACCUUGGAAUACAUGGAGGAUGCACUCAAGACGUUCCAUGCCAACAAGCAAGUGUUGGUCGACCUCGGUAUACGGGAUGAUUUCAACAUACCUAAAAUCCACUCCCUUCUGCACUAUGUCCAGUCCAUCCGGCUCUUCGGGACGACGGAUAACUACAACACGGAGAUGUUCGAGCGACUUCACAUCGACUUCGCGAAGGACGCUUGGCGAGCAUCAAACCACCGCGACGAGUUCCCGCAAAUGAUGCGGUGGAUCACCCGCAACGAGAAGAUGGCUCUCUAUGAGAUGUUCCAGAGGGAACAACCUCCCCACUCUGUCACAACGGAAGGCGUGGACAUAGCGGGGACAUCUAUCAAAAUAGCGAAGUACGCACCUGCUCCUCAACAAAACCUAGCUAUGGUUCAAACCCGCCAUCACGCACCCGGAUUUACGACCGCACUCGUUCAGUUCAUCAACGCUUUGCAGCCUGACUCACUCCGACUCAACAGACAAGACCUCUCCAGAACGUGGCUGCCGUUCCAGCGCGUCGAUGUCUUCCACAAAUUCGCAUUCACACCUUACGAGCUGGACGACGGGAGAUUGACAUUGAUGUUAGCGGGGAGAGUGAAGGUUAUCUUCGCUCUACCGCGCAAGCUCCCUGCGGUGCAAGGCGGAGGGUCUGCACCUCCAUGGUGGCCACGGGGUCCGCUCGCGUAUGUAGAGUGGUACACUCGCUUCGCGCCUGCGGCUGACUCCUCCCACUUGAUGUAUUCGGUCAAGAAACCGCCGUCCUCAAGCAAUGGUCUGCCACAGGGAAGAUUAUUCCCC